AUGAGUCACAGUAAUACUUUAUCCACAAAUGAUGUGGAACUUGAUAAUUAUGCAUAUUCCAGAUCAAAAUUACACGCACAGCUAUCCCAAUCUGCAAUUCAACAAGACUCAGUCAAUAAUGCUACGAGUAUCCUUUCUUCUUCUUCUUCCUCCUCCAUAACGUCUACUAGGCCUUCUUCUGAGAACGAUGAAUAUCAAGAUGGCGGUCUCAAAGCGUAUUCAGUAACACUUGGCUCCUUCUUAGGUUUAAUUGUUAACUUAGGAUUAAUAAAUAGUAUUGGUGCGUUACAAACAUACAUUAGCCGAAACCAAUUGCUGAGCUUGCUGCAAGCUCAGAUCAGUUGGAUCUUUGGAGUUUAUUUGUCACUUGCUUAUGCUGGUGGACUCAUUACAGGUCCCAUAUUUGAUAGGCACGGUCCCUUGUGGCUUUUGAUCAUUUCUACGGGGUUCAUAUUCAUGGGUUUAAUGGGAGCUGCCAACAGUUUCAAGAUAUGGCAUUUUAUUUUGAGCUUCAUUAGUCUAGGUAUUGGGAAUGGGUUAGGUAUGACUCCUUUAGUUGGUGUGAUCAGUCAUUGGUUUGAUAAGAAACGCGGAGUAUGUACUGGACUAGCAACAUGUGGCGGAUCUGUUGGUGGUUUGGUUUUCCCAUUGAUGUUGAGAUCGCUUUAUGUCAAGUGUGGAUAUGUUUGGGCAGUGAGAAUAUUGGCGUUUAUUUGUUUGGGAUGUAUGAUUUGUGCGAUAUUAUUGGUCAAGGAGAGGUUUAGAAAGGAAAGUAACAAUCAGAGCAAGAGCAGCAGCAGCAGCAGCGGUAGUGGCCUUAAUAAACAAAAACUUAAACAUGCGUUGUUAAAUACAUUCAGGAUUGAGGAUUAUAAAUUUGUUUAUAUCAUCUUGGGAAGUUUCUUUGCUGAGUUAUCAUUGGUGUUACUAGUGACAUACUUUGCAAGUUAUGCAAUUGCUCAAGGCAUAACUGAAGCAAGUUCCUAUUUAUUGUUGACUGUAUGGAAUGCAGUGGGAAUAUUAGGUAGGUUUACGCCUGGAUAUGCGAGUGAUAUUUAUGGGAGAUUCAAUGUUAACAUACUCAUGUUGAUAUGUUACGUUUUAACGAUUCUUGUUCUAUUGCUUCCAUUUGGACAGAAAAGUCAUGGUGUAAUAUGGGCAUUUGCUGUAUUAGGAGGUUUUUGUUCAGGCUCGAUUUUGAGUCUUCUUCCCGCCUGUUUAUCGCAGAUAACACCAGUUAAUGAAAUUGGCAAGAAAUAUGGAAUAUUGAAUAGUUUAUUAGCGUUGGCUAAUUUAUUUGGAGUUCCAAUAGCAGCAACUAUAAUCAAGCAAGGUUCACAGGCACAAUAUACACAUUUUAUUUUAUUUGUUGGAAUAUUGGCUUUGUGUGGGACUAUAUUUUGGUAUUUCAGUCGCAUUGCCAUUGUUGGGAUUAAGAUUAACGUCAAAGUAUAG